AAAAAAAAGAAGAGCAUUUACUUGUAAGAUCCAACCAGAAAUGAGAGACAACACAAUAGAAGGAGAGAGAAGCAGUUCUUCAAAGCAGCAACCACAAGUUCCUAUGUCUUUGAAGCUCUUAGAUACAUGUCUGAGGCUAAGUGUGGUUCCUCUCAGUGUUGCAACCAUCUGGUUAACUGUCAGUAACCACCAAUCCAACCCUGACUACGGAAACUUAGACUACAACUCCAUUAUGGGUCUCAAAUAUUUGGUUGGUGUUAGUGCUAUAUGUGCUAUUUAUGCUCUGCUCUCUACUAUUUCUUCAUGGGUGACAUGUUUAGUGUCCAAAGCUUGGCUCUUCUUUGUCCCUGACCAGGUUUUAGCUUAUUUGAUGACAACAUCGGCAGCAGGAGCAACAGAGAUAGUGUAUUUACUUAACAAAGGAGACAAACCAGUGACAUGGAGUGAAGUGUGUUCUUCUUACCCACACUUUUGCUCAAAACUCACAAUUGCUUUGGGGCUUCAUGUCGUUGUUCUCCUCGCUUUCUUAUUUCUCUCUGUUAUUUCUGCUUAUAGAGCUUUCAGUCGCUUUGAUCCUCCUUGUGAUGAUCCUCAAACCAAUAAUAAUGCUUAAUUACUCAGUUUUCAAUCAUAUUUUGCAAUCAUAUUUUGCAGCUUUGGAGUCAGUUUUAUCUCAAUGAUGCGGAGAUUUUGGUGUUUUAAAUUUGUUGCUAUGAUUUAUAAUUGUUAAGAAACCUAAGGAUGUAUGAAGUUUUUAUUUUCUUCUCUUUUAGGUCAAUCGACCAAUAUAUAUACGUAUUUAACCUAAUUUGCAACAUUAAGGAAAAUUACAACUAGAAAAGUAUAUACGGAGAUAUAUAAUAUAUUUUCAAUAUUCCUUUCAAGUUGCAGUGUAAAGAUUAAAAUGCUUGGCG